GCUAUAGCCACAGCUGCGGCAGGUAGGCUCUUGCCUCCUAUGUGUCCAGGUAGUGAAAUGAAAACAACCAGAAGUGAAACUUGAGAUGCCAUCACGACAACAUUUUGAGGACUAAAUCCGCCUAAAUCAAACCACUGUGCCGGUAAACGCUGUUUUCUGGCUUCGACGUUAAGUGGACUAUGCACUACCACAGCUACAUCUGUGUUUUCCUGUUGGGUUUGUAUUCUUGGGGAUGUCUCCCAUGUGUCUCUGCCUGCAAACAUGAGCCAGAGACUCCAGACUGGAGGAUGACUUUGAAAACUAUCCGUAACGGAAUACACAAGAUUGACACGUACCUGAAUGCAGCACUGGAUUUGUUUGGUGGCGAUGACGGACUUUGUCAUUAUAGGUGCAGUGAUGGUUACAAGCCGGUGCCUCGUCCCGGGUACAAGCAACCACCACCCAACGGAUGUGGCUCCCCGCUGUUUGGAUUUCAGUUUGACAUAGGCAUCCCGUCCAUGACCAAGUGUUGUAACCAACAUGACCGCUGCUAUGAUACCUGCGGCCGUGAGAAACACGACUGCGAUGAGCAGUUCCAGGAUUGUCUUGAGACCAUCUGCAGGAAUGUGCAAAGGACUCUGGGAUUGGCCCAGAGUGUCCAAGCUUGUGAGUCAGCAGUGACUCUGCUGUUUGACGCUGUUAUGCACUUGGGAUGUAAACCAUACUUGGACAGCCAGAGAGAUUCUUGUGUGUGUCAGUAUGAAGUGAAGAGGGAACUGUGACGAUCAAGAUUGUGGAACGGACUGAUUCAAAAAGCACAACACUGACAGAAGGAUGCCAGCAAUAAACUUUUCUUGUAGACUUGUAGAUUUUCUCAGGGACAGAGCCUCUUUGCCCUGCACUGACUUGUGUCCGUUGCCUCCCUUUAUUGGAGUUUUGAAAUUAUUAGAAAAAAUAGUGAAAAUAGUUUUUAGAGUGGACAAUUAAUAUAUUUUCUAUGCAGUUAAUUAUUUAUAUUUUGUUAAUACUAUGUAAUGUGUUUGUCCUGUGAUGGACUAGAAACGGUUUUCAGGGUUUCCCUUGUUUUUGGAUGCUUGGGUAGCACCCAUUACUUUAUUUUAUAGGUUUGUAAAUUCCUAAUAAUGUCUUAAGACGUUUCAUGAAAAAAAAGGAAUUUGGCACUGAUUAUAGGUAAAAGAGAGUGUUCAUUUUGUACUCUUAAAUUGAUUAAAUCAAAUGAAAUGCUAAACUAGCUAAACCAGGAGUUGCUUUUAUUUUGUUAGGUUUAGCCAAAAAUGUGAGAUUUGUCCACAGGCAACCAAAUCAUAAUGUUUCUAAUAAUAAAUGAAUGAUGAGUAGCUAUUUGCUUGUGUGUAAAUGGAGUUCUUCUUUCGAGGACUUUUCCCUGUAAACAGCACCAAAUUUACAUAAGGUCUUUCCAGGAAACUUUAAAGAAAUGAUUAUGAUAUAAUGGGCACCACUGUCGCCACACAGCAACAAGGUUGUGGGUUCAAACCCCGGUUGCCCAGGCCUCUUCUCCCCAUGUCUGUGUGGGUUCUCUCCGGGUGUUCCGGCUUCGUCCCACCGCCCAAAGACGUGCGGCCUAGGUUGAUUGGUGACCCUAAAUUGUCUAUGUGUGGCCCUGUGAUGGAUUGGUGACCUGUCUUUCGCCUGAUGGCCCGAUUGGCUCCAGCGACCCUGUACGCAGGAUAAGCGGUUGACGAUGGAUGGACGACCCCCCCCCAUCACUCGCGUGAUAAAUAACAAAGUCAACAAUGUCUGUUUCUAAAGCAUCUAAAAGAUUUGUGGUCUUCUCUUUAUAAAAUGUGUGAAAUAUUUGUAAGAAAUCAAAUGAAUGUACUGGUGAACUCAAGUGAUCCAACUGUAGUAAGCUAACACCGUGGGGAAAGAAACUUGUGUUAAACUGUCAUAAAAAUAAUAAACAAGCUUUUAUUGAUA